CUCCACCCCCUGCGCUCUGAUUGGUCCAUUCCCCACUGUCAGACCGGGACUCACAGACAAGCUCAACGGAGAGUCCUCGACAUUACACAAACACUCACACUCUCUCAACACUCGCACGCACUCCUCUGAGAGCUCAAGCCCUGUACUGGCUUAUUUUUCUUCUGGAGAUUUCUAACAGGAACACAGCACAGAAAGGAUCAGGGAAGAAAAAGUGCACAAGAAGAACCACAUUUUGUAACUUCAUAAAUUUUUUCACUUUCUUUUUUUGGAGUCCUAUUCAAGGAGAGCGUCUGAGUUAGUGUGACUCGAGCAUUAGGUGAAUGGGUUGUCAUGGUGACUGACACUGGCAGGCUGACCCCAGAAGAAGACUGGAUGUUGAAUGGACAGAGAGCUGCAGUGGCCAACCAGCGAAAGUAACAGGGAGUUAUCGGAGAAAGGGAAGAAGAGAGGAAGAGAAUGGAGGACGGCUUCUCCAGCUACAGCAGUCUCUAUGACACCUCCUCACUGCUGCAGUUCUGCAAUGAUGACAGUGCCUCGGCAGCGAGCAGUAUGGAGGUGACAGACAGGAUCGCCUCUCUGGAACAGCGGGUUCAGAUGCAGGAGGAUGAAAUUCAGCUGCUCAAGUCUGCGCUGGCUGACGUGGUGAGGAGACUGAACAUCUCAGAGGAGCAGCAGGCCAUGCUCAACAGGAAAGGACCAACCAAAGAAGCAGCAGUGAGGAGAGACUCUCCCUCCUCUGACAGCAGUGUUGGGAAGCCAGCUAGACCGAUGAUUGCAGCCCUGCCCCUGAGACCCACGGUCAAUAACGGUACUGUCCUGUCAAAGAAGGGUGGCACACUGCCAUCACCCUCAGGCUCCAAGAAGGACAACAACUCACCAGCAACCAAAAGCACUGUGAAGAGAACAAGUUCAUCUGAGCAUGUCGGCCCCAACAACAGGAAAGACAGUGGCGUGGACUCCAAAAACAACCGCACACGCACUGGUUCCACAGGGAGCAACUCCAGUGGCAAGAAAGCCACAGAAAACAAACAGAGGGAGCCUGUUUUCAGCGCAGGGAUGCGACGUGUGACGCACUGCAAAGAUGAAGGGUAUGUCAAAAUGUAUUUGAAGGGACGACCCAUCACCAUGUACAUGCCCAAAGACCUGGUGGACACAUAUUGCCUGGAAACAAAGGCUGACUUGCCUCCAAAAAAACUGAAACUAGACUGGGUUUAUGGUUACCGGGGCCGCGACUGUCGAUCCAACCUGUACUUGCUCCCGACAGGGGAAACGGUUUACUUCAUUGCCUCUGUGGUCGUGCUGUAUAAUGUGGAUGAGCAACUGCAAAGACACUACACUGGACAUACUGAUGAUAUCAAGUGCCUCGCUGUCCAUCCUGAUAAAAUCACCAUAGCAACAGGACAAGUGGCUGGCACAUCCUCAGAUGGAAAACAGUUGGCUCCUCACGUGCGAGUGUGGGACUCUGUGAGUUUGAACACGUUGCACAUCCUUGGAACCGGUUUCUUUGAUCGAGCUCUGGUCUGCCUCUCCUUCUCAAAGUCGAAUGGUGGAAGCUGGUUGUGUGUUGUGGAUGACUCCAAUGACCACAUUCUCUCUGUGUGGGACUGGCAGAGGGAAGAAAGACUAGCUGAAGUCAAGUGCUCCAACGAGUCAGUCUUUGCUGCUGAUUUCCACCCGACAGAUGCCAAUAUAAUCGUCACGUGUGGAAAGUCGCAUCUUUACUUCUGGUCGUUAGAAAAAGGGUCUCUUGUGAAAAAGCAGGGUCUUUUUGAGAAACAAGAGAAGCCCAAGUUUGUAUUGUGUGUGACUUUUUCAGAAAAUGGCGACGCCAUCACUGGAGACUCAAGUGGAAAUAUACUUGUGUGGGGCAAAGGAUCUAAUCGUAUUAGCUUGGCCAUUCAGGGAGCACAUGAGGCGAGCGUCUUUGCACUUUGCAUGUUGAGAAAUGGGACGCUGGUCUCAGGUGGGAAGGACCGUAAACUCAUCUCAUGGGAUGAAAAUUAUCAAAAAAUUCAAACGGUGGAGGUCCCCGAGUUAUAUGGCCCUAUUCGAACAGUGGCUGAAGGACGGGGAGAAACGGUUCUUAUUGGCACCACCAAAAACUAUGUCCUACAAGGCAGUUUGGAUGGGGAGUUUAUACCCAUCACCCAGGGCCACACAGAUGAGCUCUGGGGCCUGACUGUACACCCGCUGAAGCAUCAGUUCCUCACCUGUGGCUAUGACAAGCAUGUCUGCCUGUGGGACUCUGUCUCCCAUCAGCCCAUCUGGACCAAAACAUUGGAGGACGCCGCUCAAUCGGCCGGCUUCCACCCUUCUGGGGCAACGGUUGCUAUAGGAACACAGAUGGGCAGGUGGCUUGUUCUCGAUACUGAAUCGAAGGAUCUCGUCACGGUGCACACGGAUGGGAACGAGCAGCUGUCGGUUAUGCGCUUUUCUCCAGAUGGUAAUUUCCUUGCAGUUGGGUCACAUGACAACUACAUCUACAUUUAUGCUGUGGCAGAAAAUGGAAAGAAAUACAGUAGAGUUGGAAAGUGCUCAGGUCAUUCUAGUUUCAUCACCCAUCUGGAUUGGUCUGUGGAUUCUCAGUACUUGGUGUCCAACUCAGGAGACUAUGAGAUCCUUUACUGGAUUCCCUCUGUGUGCAAGCAAGUUGUGAGUGUGGAGACCACCCGGGAUAUUGAAUGGGCCACUUUCACCUGUACUCUGGGCUUCCAUGUUUUUGGACUGUGGCCAGAUGGCUCAGAUGGUACGGACAUCAAUGCUGUGUGCAGUUCAUAUGCAAAGAGACUGCUCGCCACCGGAGACGACUUUGGCAAAGUUCAUCUCUUCGCAUUCCCCUGCUCUCAGUCUCGAGCUCCUAGUCACAUCUACGGUGGACACAGCAGCCACGUCACCAACGUUAACUUCUUGUUUGACGACAGCCACUUAGUCUCUACAGGAGGGAAGGACAUGAGCGUAAUGCAGUGGCGUGUGGUGUAGAACUACCACUGUCACACUAAACUUUCUUUUUUCUGGGAUCAAGUGGCUUGGGAAAUCAAAAGUGGGGCCAUCGACUACAGACCGAAGUGGAGUCUCGACUUUAUUUGCCUUUAAUUGUUAUCUCAGGACGCCAAUAUUUGAAGUGACUCUCUGUUUUGACUGUCUCACACACUCCCUAGGCUAUGAAAGAGAUGUCUUUGAAUAACAAACUAAAGAAUCUGCUCUAAAGGUCAAAGUUAAAUGUGAUGCCAAAGCACAUGGAGGAACAUAUUUGGAAUGAAUAGUUCAGUCCAGUAUAUAUAAGACCAAUAUAUGUGAUCAAAGCACUAACACUGUAACAUGGUAACUUCAAAGGUAUCAUUUAGAGUCUUAAAAAAUACCAUCAAUUUUACUCUAUCACACUGACUGUGUUUUGAUAAAUUGCACGUUAACCAUCAUUUUGUAAAAAAAAAAAAAUCUGCCUCCAUAAUCUUUUUUAACCUCUGCUGCCACUGUCUGGUAUGUCGCGGUACUGCAGCCACCUUCCCACGGUUGAUUUCAUUCUAUCCUCUGCUGUAUUCAAAUAUUUAUUGUGUUCCAUGAAUUGAAAAUGUAAAAAGUUUUUUUUUUUUUACUUUAAUCAGCCAUCAAAAUCUUCUCAAGGGAAAAAAAGCAUGAGUUUGGGAAACAAAGUGACUGUACUGCAGAGUUAAACAGAUUAAGGCCUUCAAUGACUUUCACUUGUUCAAUCACUACAGCCAUCAAUCUCUGAUUUAGUUUAAUCCUCAGUCUGACAUCAAAUCUGUUUUGUGCAUCAACUAGCUUAAGUGGAUGUCAUAAUGUAGUGCACAUUUACAUUAGAGUUAAGCUCCAUUUUCAUAACCUCCGCUUGAGAAAACAAACAGUUACAGUCAACUGACUGUAGUAUUAUUAAUAAAACUAAGCAUGCACAA